AAGUUUUCAAAAGACUACAUUUGACAGGAAGGAAAGACAAUGGCGCCGGGCGAAGAGAGAGUCCAAGCCUUGGCCUCCGCUGCGAUCCACGAGCUGCCGGACAUGUUUGUCCGGCUCGCCCACGAGCAGCCCGCAAACAGCAAGGCCAUCGAGGGGGUCAAGGUGCCUGUGAUAUCCCUCUCUGGGCCCCGUGACGCCGUGGUGGAUAAAAUGAGGAGGGCGUGCAAUGAGUGGGGCUUCUUCCUUGCCACCGAUCAUGGUAUCCCUGGGCCGCUGAUCGAGCAGGUCAAGCGCGUCGGCGUUGAGUUCUUCGAGCUCCCCCACGCUGAGAAGGAGAAGCUCGCGAACGAUCGUUCUGCCGGGGAUUUCGAAGGGUACGGGACGAAGAUGACCUAUAACCAUGAGCAAAAGGUCGAGUGGCUGGACUAUUACUUUCACCUCCUGUUUCCCCCUUGUAAAGUCAGGCAUGAAAGGUGGCCACACCACCCUCCUUCUUACAAGGAAGUGACAGAAGAAUACAACCGGGAGAUAGUGAGAGUGACUGGGGAGUUGCUCGAGAUGCUGUCAGAGGGGCUGGGCUCGGAGAAGAGUGUCCUCCGGACAUGUUUGGGAGGUGACAACAUAGAGUUCGAGAUGAAGAUCAACUUCUACCCGCCGUGUCCGCAGCCCCAACUCGUGCUCGGGGUCGAGCCCCACACGGACAUGUCUGCCCUCACCAUACUGGUACCCAACGACGUCCCCGGCCUCCAGCUCUGGAAAGACGGCCAGUGGGUUGCCGUCGAUUAUGUCCCUGAUGCGCUCUUUAUCCAUAUCGGCGAUCAGAUUGAGGUAUUAAGCAAUGGCAAGUACAAAGGAGUACUCCACAGAAGCUUGGUAAACAAGGAAAGGACUCGCAUGUCUUGGGCAGUGUUCGCUGCACCUCCUCAGGAGGCAAUAAUAGGCCCUCUCCCAGAGCUCGUGAAUGAAGUGAACCCGGCCAAGUACAAAACCCGAACUUUCGCCGAGUUUCGACACUGCAAGCUCAAUAAGCUUCCGCUCGAUUGACUUGAGUAUACAUGCAACUGUACGCAAUUCUGAUAUGCAUAAAUUUGGGUAUAUUACUGGUCCAAAUAAGAUGAGAAGGCAUACAGAGAGCACUUGUUAGGCCCUUUUUGUAUGCGUCUGAGAAGAAGAUUCUGUUAUUUGCUUCGAACGUUGUAACUCGGCGGCCCACCUUUCCAUAUCUUCCCUUGCUUCCCAAAUCUUGCUCUCCUUUUCCCAGUCCCAAAUGUCACCAAUAAUACUCAGAUCCAUGGCCCCAUGUUUCAUUUUAUCGGACUUUAUAUUUCCCUAA